AUGAACGUCAACAUCAAUUUGGAUUUCGAGCACUCUCCAUCUUCUUCUCCUCCUGGGGAUCCUGGACUUGGUUUCAUCUCUCCGCGCAUCGAUGGAAGUGGCUUGUUGCGACAAUUUCGGAUUGUAAUCAAUCCGAUGUCUCUUCCGAAUCUUCCUUCUCGCUAUAGUUUUGUUCCAAGCCUCGGUGGCAAUUUCUAUCAAGGAGCAGGCGGUUUUGCGAUCAGGAGCUACGAAAUGGAAAAUCUUCUCGUCGAGAUCUCGGUGCGUGAAAACCAGAGAGCUCAUCUGAUCUUCAAUCAUAACGGUGUCACUUACCCUGACAUUUACGCUUUUAUUCUUCCAGCCGCAGGACCUGGCGGUGAAUCUGAGCGUGAUGUCGCAUUCGAUUUUUCAGUUACCGCACCUGGAACGUAUCAUUUGCUCAUCGAAGUCUCUCAAAUCGGAGCUCAGGAGGACCGUGAUGGUGUUGCAGUGAUGCCAACGCCCUACGAAGUGCGCAUCGAAAUUUCU